AUAUUCAUCACACUUGUUUCCUCUUUAUCUGAUAUGUCACAGUCGCAUGCUUCAGAGGACAUAUAUCACUUUUAGGUGCUCUCGAUGACACCUGUACUAACUUGGAGAUGAGAGAGAAAGCAAUGGGAUUGAUCCAGCUGUGGCACCUGCCACUAGUGUUGUGUCUCACAGGACUCCUGCAGUGGGAUCUGUGCAGCGGUCAGAUUCAGGUCCAGAUACAGGAAGGUCCUCUGUACAGAGUGAAAGGAUAUCCCAUCUCCAUAUCCUGUAAUGUAACAGGGUUUACAGGCCCAUCUAUCCGGGAUUUUCAAUUCAUUGUCAAGAAACCAAACAUGGAUGUAAAUAUGAUCAGUACUAGUGACCCAGAGUUUGCUUACGGAAUGUUCUCCAGUAGGGUAAGAAAUAAGGAGAUUAAUACUGAAAGGCUGUCAGGAUCUUCAGUUCUCUUGAAGAUCGACAAUUUAUUGGAGGAGGAUGCGGGUGAUUUGUUCUGUGAGACUCUACACACAGGUGGUGCAUAUUUAGGAGAUUAUGCUGCAGUAACAAAGCUCAAUGUGAUCGCAGACACCCUGGAGGCAUCAUACUCUGGCUCUUCCUCUCAGAGCUUGUCUGAAGGUGAUCCUCUUCAGCUUGAGUGCCAGGUCUCCAGCCAGACUUUUCAACACACUCAUCUGUCAGUCACCUGGUUUCUCCAUGGUGAAGAGGAUAAAACCCCCCGGACAAUCAUUACUCUGGACAAAGAUCUGACUGUAAAGACAGGAGCUGGAUUUGAGGAUCGCUAUCAUGCAGGUCUUAUCAGCAUGGAUAAGGUGGAGGAAACAACCUACAGACUGAAGAUGCCUCAAGUGCAGCAGUCAGACCAGGGGGAAGUUUACUGCAAAGCCAUCGAGUGGAUCCAAGACCCAGACCGUUCCUGGACUCAGAUUGCCCACAAAACCACCACAGCAUGUAAUGUGGAAAUUAAGCAAAUUGAAGUGGCCCCUGAUGCAGGUUCAUUCAGUGUUCAUGUGACGGCUUCAAAAAGGACACUACAGGAAGGAAACCCAUUGGACAUCCGUUGCAGUGUGAAUGCACAGAACCUUCCAGGUAAUUUCUUCUCUGUGACUUGGCUGAAGAACCAGCAGAAAGUGGCCCAGAUUGGAUCUUCUGGGGUGCUCACCAUAUUUGACAGUUACAAAGAGAGAGAGAAUGCAGCAGAGAUGAGAGCAGUGAAAACCAGUCACACAGACUACCUGCUGACCAUCCGUUCGGCUCGAACUGAGGACCAGGGCCAGUACCAGUGUGAAGUAUGGCAGGAAGACAUGAAUAAAGAUGGCACCUUCAAAAAAAUACAAAAACAAAUGUCCAGUCUAGAGACUGUGAGCAUCACGGCUAAAGAGAGUAAUCUGGCAGUGGUCAUGGAGAUGAAGGAUGUGGUGACUGAAGGAGGUUCAUUACGGGUCACCUGCUCAGUGUCGGGAUUCAAAGGUCCUUUAUCAGUGUCAUGGCAGCACAAGAAAGAUUCGGGGAGCUCCUUCAGUGAUGUAAUUAGUCUGACCCAUGAGGGAGUGAUGAAAGAUAUUGGGGCAAGGUAUCAGAGCAGACAUGUUCAAACACUUCAUUCUCCAGCUGGAAACUUUACUCUGGAGAUUGGUGCAUCUGCAACAUCUGACAGCGGCGAAUAUAAGUGCAUCGUGUCUGAAUGGACAGUACAGAGCAAUGGAGAGAUGAAGAAAGCCAACACCCAAUCUCAACAAAAAGCCAUUAUAGUUAAUUCAGUUGAUUCUCUAAUGAAGGUGAUCUUGAAAAGUCGCACAACAAAUGUGUCUAUAGAUUCACCUAUAGAACUACUUUGCACAGUCAAAGGGCCUGAAGUGUCUUUGGCUGUACGCUGGAUGUUUCAGCCCCGCAAUUCAACUGUUCAAACAAACAUUUUAUCUAUAUACCACACUGGAGAAAUCACCUGGGGAGCAGAUCAGAGAAACUAUCAGCUGUCCAUUCCAGCACUGCCAUCAGACAUCCGUUUCAUUCUCAAGGUGCCAAGAGCAAGCAAGCAACAGGACGGACAGUACCAGUGUCAAGUUGAUGCCUAUCAAAAGGAUGUACAGAAAGCCUCGAAGAACUCCAAUGCAUUGGCGGUGACUGUACAAAAACCUGUCAGCAAGAUGCGCCUGUACUCACCCACCUCUCAUCUGGAAACCACUGUCAACACUGAUGCUAAGAUUGAAUGCUCAGUCACGACAACAACCACAAAUACCUCUCGCUUUAUGGUAACAUGGAUGAUUGGGUCCCAGAUGCUCUUAACUAUGGACCUAGAUGCUGUUGUCAAGUUUGGCUCUGCAGCCAGCCUAGAGAAGGACCAGAGGAUCCGUGUGGAAAUAAAACAGAAACAGACCUUUCAGCUGACUAUCCACCAGCUCAGAACAUCUGACAGUGGGCAAUAUCAUUGUGAGGUGGAAGAAUGGCUUCAGGAUCCUCUUGGUGACUGGUAUUCACUAGAGAAAAGGUCUGUUUCCACAGACCUUGCUGUCAUAGAGAAAGCCAGUGAUUUCAAAAUGAAUAAAGCUAACACUCAGCUGAAUGUUGAAGAGAGAAAGCAGCUGAUGUUGAAUUGCUCAGUGGAUGGUAUUAAGUCUGACUCCACACUUCGCUACUCCCUUACCUGGUUUUUUAGCCGAGAUCAGUCCUCCAGUGUGACACUUCUUACAUAUAAUCAUGAUGGCCGUCUGAAUUACAACAGCUUUAACUCAGAGCUUGAGGGACGACUCCACUUCUCCACCCCAGAAGUGGGUGUCUUUCACUUGACUAUCCAUAGAUCCAUUCAGGAAGACAGUGGGCGCUACUACUGUCAAGUUGAACAGCAUCAGCUGGACUGUGAAGGCCAGUGGUCCCGUAAGGCAAGUGACGAGUCAGGUUUUACCGAUGUCACUGUUCAGCUUAUAGAGGACAAACUGCAUGUGGAUAAAGAGAACCGAACCCUGAACAUUACCAAUCUACAAACGGGGUUCACCAUUGACUGUGUCAUUAAAUCACGGUCCAGUGAUGCAUCUAUGUUUGAAGUGACUUGGUCCAAGGGUCAGAGAAAUGAACAACCUGUCAUCAUCUUCAGUGCCAGCCAUGAUGGAAUUUUACACAGUGCAAUCAGUGAUAAAGAUCUGGUUUUUGGACACCCAAGUGCCAUGCAUUAUAUGUUGACUGUGCCAAACGUCAACCCCACUGAUACCGGCCUUUACCACUGUCAAGUUGCUGAGUGGAUUCAGACAGCUGAAAACAAGUGGAGAAAGAUAGGUGACAAAAAGUCUGGGGAGCUAUCCGUCCAUGUGAACACUGAGGAAAAGCAAAAAGAGGACAGCUUUGCCAUGGACAGGACUGACAAGCAUCUUGACAUCAAAGAAGGAGAGAGAUUUGAGCUUGAAUGCUCCCUGGAUGUAGGAAAAGAGGACCCUACUCAUCAGUACAGUCUCAGAUGGGUGUUUAAAAGCCCAGAAUCUGUAAGCGGGAUACCUUUAUUGACUUACUCUCAUAAUGGUCGUCUACAGUACCUUGCAGAGAAACAGCAACUUAAGGACAGGUUACGCUUCUCUAGACCUACUUCUGGUACUUUCCAUCUGCUAGUAUUAAACUCAAAUACAGCUGAUAGUGGAAAUUACUACUGCACUGUUGAGCGGUAUCAGCUCAGUUGUGAAGGCGAGUGGAAACAAACAGCAAAUGCCCGAUCAGGAUCAACUAAAGUCACAGUUCGCAGUAUUGAAAGUAACUUGCGUGUUCAGAAGGAGAACCGAAUGUCCAACAUUACCAAUCAUCAGACUGGGUUCACCGUUGACUGUGUCAUUGACUCACAGUCAAGUCAAAAGUCUGUAUUUGAGGUCACCUGGUUCAGGGCUCAGGAAAAAAUGCCAGUCACCAUGUUCAUUGCCAGGCGUGAUGGUACCUUAUACAAUGCAGUUGGUGAUAAAAAUCUUUUGUUCGGACGACCACGUGCCACACACUAUAAACUGACUGUGCCACAGAUCAGCUCCACUGAUAUGGGCCAAUACUACUGUCAGGUUGAUGAGUGGCUUCUAACUGCUAACACCUGGAAGAAACUGGAUUCAGAUACAUCUGGAAAGCUCUCUAUUUUUGUUCAUACUGAAGCCGGUGAUUUCAGAAUGAAUAAAUCCAACACUACACUGAUGGUUAAAGAGGGAGAGCAGCUGAUGUUGAAUUGCUCAGUGGAUGGUAUUGAGUCUGAUUCCACACUUCGCUACACCCUUACCUGGUUACGAGAAAACCCUUUAGAAGGUCAGUCUUCCAGGGUGACACUUCUGAAGUAUAGUUAUGAUGGCAGUCUGAGCUAUAACUCAAAGCCUGAGGGACGACUCCACUUCUCCACUCCAAAAGUGGGUGUCUUUCACUUGACUAUCCGUAGAUCCAUCCAGGAAGACAGUGGGCGCUACUAUUGUGAAGCUGAACAGCAUCAGCUGGACUGUAAAGGCACAUGGUCUUAUAAGGCAAAAGACACGUCAGGUUUUACCGACGUUGAGCUUAUAGGUGAAUCUGAAAAACAGACAAGUUCCAAUAAAGACCCACUGGGAAUGGCACUUGGAGUCACUAUUCCUCUGAUUUGCAUUCUUGUAUUGGUCAUAAUAUUGUUGUUGAGAAGAGAGCAAAAGAGGAAUUCUGAACUGAAGAAGAAGAAAGACUGUCUGUGGGCUGAAAAUAACCCUCUCACUCCCAUAGCUGAGGUGACUCCUGCUGCAGGGGAUCAUUCCUAGUCUGUCUACCACAGUUACUGUGUU